GCGGCAGGUGGAGAAGCGGCAGAGGUCGGGGCAGGACGCGCACCCCGACGAGCAGCCGCCGCCUCCAUAAACACUGCUUUAGGACUCAGUAGCCCCUUGGAAGCCCUCGGUGGCCUUCCCCCCACCCUAGCCCUACCGCGUCCUCCCGAGCCCCAGCCCCCCCUGCACGGCCAUGGAGGCCCAGCCUCGGCCCAGCCUCGCCGCCGCCGCCUCCUCCACGCAGCCGCUCCGCUCGGAGCAUGUGGCGAGGCUCCGGGAGGAGCAGGAAAAGGUGGUCACUGGCUGCCAAGAAAAGAUCCAGCAUUGGAUGAAAGUGGAGCAUGACUAUGAGGCUCUUCAAGAAAGACUCAGCACAUUGCCUGAUAAACUCUCUUAUGAUAUUAUGGUACCUUUUGGUCCUCUUGCCUUCAUGCCAGGACAGCUUGUUAAUACCAAUGAAGUCACAGUUUUACUUGGGGACAACUGGUUUUGCAAAUGCUCAGCAAAGCAGGCUGUAGGUUUAGUAGAACAUAGGAAAAAACAUGUUCGGAAAGCAUUGGAUGAUUUAAAAAAAGUGAUGAAGAACUUUGAAUCGAGAGUUGAAUUUACAGAAGAUUUAAAGAGAAUGAGUGAUGCAGCAGGUGAUAUUGUUGAUAUAAGAGAAGACAUUAAAAAUGACAUUGAAGUUAAAGGAAAGCACAGAACUGCUCAUAGACCACAUUCAAGACCAAAAACUUCAGAUGUUUUUGAAGCAGAGUUUGUAGAUGAUCCAAAAUCCAAGGGUAGUUUCCUCAGUGAGAAGGAACUGUGGGAUCGACUCGAUGAACUGGAAAGACAAGAAGAUCUUUUGGGAGAACUCAAUAAAAAAUCUGAUACUGUGUUUGUAAAUGGAGAUGAUAUAAGCUCUUCUGAAGAGGAGAAGGAAGAUCAAAAGACAGCUGUGACUGUGAAACACAGAGUAGCAGACUCUCCUACUCAGGGCAGUUUUCAAAAGGACAUUACAGAUUCGAAGUUACUUAAUGGUCACAUGAAUGGUUCAAGUUCUUACAGUGAUGAUGAUGAUGGUAGUGGUGGUGAUGAUGAUGAUGAUGAUGAUGAUGAUGGUGGUUUAGGAGUUGGAGAUAAUUGUGUACCAACUAUAUAUUUUUCCCAUACAGUUGAACCUAAGAGGGUACGAAUAAAUACUGGGAAAAAUACUACUUUAAAAUUCAGUGAAAAGAAAGAAGAAGCCAAACGUAAACGGAGGAAUAGCAAUGGCAACAGUAGCCAUUCUAUUCCAGAACUUCCCAAUAUCAGGACUCCUGCUGAUGUUUAUAGAGUCUUUGUUGAUGUUGUAAAUGGAGAAUAUGUCCCUCGUAAAUCAAUUUUGAAGUCUCGGAGCAGAGAGAAUAGUGUGUGUAGUGACACCAGUGAAAGCAGUGCUGCUGAGCUUGAGGACCGACGAGGAGCGAUGAGGAGCCUUAGUCAGGAUGAAGCUGCCUGCCCUGAUGCCAGUGAAGGCAUUUUGGAGGAGCAAGAAAAUCAACAGAAAAAGCUGUUACCCCUGUCAGGAAAGCUUGAGGCUUUUUCUGGAACUGUAAUAGAAAAGGAACUUUUAUCUCCCGUAAUACCACACCCAGGCACUGUGCAUCCUGUGUUACCAACCAUACCUGAACGAAAAGAAGUUUUGUCAGAAGUAUCAGAAGAAACUACAAAAAGGAUUUCAAAAUUCAAAGCUGCCAGAUUGCAACAGAGAAACUAGGCCUGCCUAGAAAAUGGAAAUUUGCAUCUUAAAGCACAGUUUUGCAAUUUGUUAUGAAUGUCAGUUACAUGUAGUUAGGAGUAGUGCAUCCAAUGUUAUUUUGGCAGCAAGUUCUUUUUCCCUCUUCAUCAGUGGUAUUUAAAAAGAUUAAAAAUAAAUGUUUGAAUACUUGAA